AUGAAGCUCACAGUCCCCAACCCGGGCCUGGAUGACAGGAUCGUGUCCCACCAGCAGCUGGACAAGCUGGAGCAGGACGAGGCGGGAGACAGGCCCAAAUGGGAGAACAAGGCGCAGUACAUGCUGACCUGCGUGGGCUUCUGUGUGGGACUGGGAAACGUCUGGCGCUUCCCCUAUUUGUGUCAGAGUCAUGGAGGAGGUGGGGGUGGGGGGCCCAAGACGAAUCCUAAUGAGGCCAAGCCGAAUCCUGACUUUCAUCCUUUGCCUCGAUUUGGCAAAAAGCUGAUAGAAGAGGAGGCUGUAUACGUGACUUCAACUCUGCCAUAUGUGGUGCUGACCAUCUUUCUGAUCAGAGGACUGACGCUGAAGGGAUCUUUGAGUGGACUCAAGUUUCUUUUCACACCUGAUCUCGCAGAGCUGGCUAAGCCUUCAACGUGGAUGAACGCAGGCGCUCAGGUCUUCUACUCCUUCUCGCUGGCUUUUGGAGGCCUCAUCUCCUUCUCCAGCUACAACUCAGUACAUAACAACUGUGAACAGGACGCGGUGAUCAUCUCGAUCAUUAACGGCAUCACAUCCGUGUUCGCCGCUACGGUCAUCUACACCGUCAUCGGCUUCAGGGCAACUGAGCGAUUUGACGCCUGCAUUGACGGGAACAUCCUGACUCUCCUAAAUACAUUUGAGCUUCCUGAGGGACACAUCAUUGACAGCAACUACACUGAGGCUUUACGGCAUCUCAAUGCAACACAUCCGGAUGUGAUUCAAGGGCUGAAUCUUGCCCGUUGUAAUCUGAAUACGUUUCUCAGUGAGGGAAUUGAAGGAACCGGUUUGGCGUUCAUCGUGUUCACAGAGUCCGUCAUUAAGAUGCCCUUCUCGCCGCUGUGGUCGGUCCUCUUCUUCGUCAUGCUCUUCAGCCUCGGCCUGUCGUCCAUGUUUGGGAACAUUGAAGGAGUUGUUGUACCGCUGCAAGACCUCAACGUUUUUCCCAAGAGGUGGCCCAAAGAAGCCGUCACCGGUGUGACGUGUGUGCUCUGCUGUCUGGUGGGCCUGAUCUUUGUCCAAGGCUCAGGGAACUAUUGGCUUUCUUUAUUCGACACCUAUGGAGGAUCAAUCCCACUGCUGGUCAUCGGAUUCUGUGAGAUGAUCUCGGUGGUUUACAUAUACGGAAUAGAAAGGUUCAAUGAAGACAUCGAGUUCAUGAUUGGACACAAACCCAACAUCUUCUGGCAGGCGACGUGGCGAUUCAUCAGUCCGCUCAUCAUGAUCUUCAUCUUAAUCUUUUACUUCGUCACCAAAGUUUCAGAAAGGAUCUUUUAUAAAGCCUGGGAUCCUGAAUAUGAGAAAUUCCCAAUUCUGGAGGAGAGGUUGUAUCCACCGUGGAUCUAUGUGAUCAUCUUCAUCGUGGCGGGCAUCCCCAGUAUUGCUAUACCUUUCAUUGCACUGUUUAAAUGUUUAAGGGCAAAGAAGAUGGAGAAGUCAAAGCUGCGCAUUCAAAUGAAUGGCAAACCCAACUGA